AUGGCUGACGAAAAACCGCCCACCGACGCCUUCGACGUCGAAAAGACCGCCACAUCGCAUGAUGACGUUCCCCCCAAGUCCAAGCUGGAUCUGUUUGAGGAUCCCGACGAGGGGUUGAGUGCCGAGGAGAAGGCCAAAAUCGACCGCGCGCUGGUCCGGAAACUCGACCUGAGACUCAUUCCAUGGCUGAGUCUGCUGUAUCUCAUCUCGUUUCUCGAUCGAACCAAUAUCGGGAAUGCAAAGCUCGACGGCCUGCAGGAGGACCUGCACAUGUCCAAUGCACAGUACAACGCCUCGUUGACCAUCUUCUUCGUCUCGUACUCCGUCUUCGAGCCCCUCACCAACGUCCUGCUCAAACGCAUGCGCCCGAGUAUCUUCAUCCCCAUCAUCAUGAUCUUAUGGGGUAUCUGCAUGACCUGCAUGGGUCUCGUCCACAACUACUCCGGCCUGCUGGCGGCGCGAUGGUUCCUCGGCCUCACCGAAGCCGGCCUUUUUCCCGGCGUGGGCUACUUCCUCUCGUGCUGGUACAAGCGCGCCGAGUUCGGCGUGCGCAUGGCGAUUUUCUUCUCCGCCGCGGCGCUGGCCGGGUCCUUUGGCGGGCUGUUGGCGGCUGCGAUCGCGCUGAUGGACGGUAUCGGCGGGAAGGCCGGGUGGGCAUGGAUCUUUAUCCUGGAGGGACUGGCGACCAUCCUGGUCGGCGCGGCCUCCUUCUGGAUGGUGCAUGACUUUCCCGACGAGGCCAAGUUCCUGUCCGAGGUGGACCGCAAGCGUGUCCUGCGACGUCUCGCCGAGGACCAGCAGGCCAGUGCGGAGCACGAGCAUUUCAAGAUGACCUACUUCUGGAACAGUCUGAAGGAUUGGAAAACGUACACCGGGGCGGUGAUCUACAUGGGGGCCGAUGGGUGUUACACGUCCAUUAAAGCGCAGCUGCUGAGCGUCCCGCCGUACGCGGCGGCGGCCGUCCUCACCGUGACCGUAGGAUUCAUCGCUGACCGCACGCGCCAGCGCGGCAUCUCCAACAUCCUCGUCUCCAUCCUGGGCAUCGUUGGAUUCUGCAUGCUGAUCGGAUGCAAGUCGGCCGGAGCCCGGUACGCCGGGACGUUCCUGGGCGCGAUGGGGAUCUACCCAGCGAUUUCUAACACGAUCUCCUGGUCCAGCAACAACACCGAGGGGGUGUACAAGCGCGGUGUGACGCUGGGAAUCGUGAUCGGAUGGGGCAACCUGAACGGCAUCGUGUCGUCGAACAUCUACCGCGGCGAGGACGCGCCCACGUUCUACCCCGGCCACGGCACGGUGCUGGCGUACCUGGUGCUGUUCCUGUUCGGCGGGUCGGUGGUGCAGUAUCUGCUGCUGCGGCGGGAGAACGCCAAGCGGCUGCGCGGGGAGCGCGAUCACUGGGUGCAGGGACUGAACGCGGCGGAGAUCCAGAUGCUGGGCGACAAGCGGCCGGAUUUUAUCUAUACGCUGUAG